AUGGAUAAAACCAGUCCAUCUCCGAUCAGGAAGAAGAAGAAGACACUGAACGCCUGCCAGCGAUGCAGGAGUCGCAAGAUCAAAUGCAGCGGCCACCAUCCGUGUCAGCACUGCUUAUCUCAAAGGAGAGAUUGUGUCUUCGACGAGAUACAAAAGAAGGUCAUUGUGACAGCGCAAUAUCUCCAGGAACUUCAGAGCCGUGUGUCUGGAGUUACCGAUCCAGCUGCACCACAAUCCUCACCACGACUGGGGGUGGCAACUCCUGGUAGGUCUCCACCAAACGAAAAUGAAGAGCUCAGGCCAAGGUGGUUGAGGACAGAGUCGGGUAUUCCGAGUAGACAGACUCGUCAUGUUUCACGAAGCGAACCAUCAAACCCUGGCACCUUUUCCAGGCGCAUCACUCUGGAUGACGAAAACAAUCAUUUGGAUGGUUUGACUAGUAUCAUAGGCGGCCGCUGCGAUGUUUUGAUCAGUGAUCACAACUCCCCAGAUGCGAUUGGAGACGAAUAUCGGCGACUUGGCCAUAGUUCCUCUUGGUCCUUCAGUCGGCGCAUCAGAAGCUUCAUCAGCGAUGCUGUUGCAGGGCCAGGACUUCACGAUGCCAUUCCAAUACCGGACGGUAUAUACGGAGUUCCAUUCAAGCAGCCGGCUCUCAAUCUAUCUGGUAUUGAAUUACCAGCUGAAGAAUAUGCCGAGUACCUGACCAAUACUCUCCAUUUCACGUUGGGCCCGAUGUACUAUUUGUUUGACAAGGAGCCUUUUCUUGUUUCCCUCCACCAAUUUUACCGAGAUCAACAUUCGCAAUCAACUCUUUGGCAGAUCAAGAUGCUACUAGUGUUUGCAUUUGGGACCUCAAUUCUAGCUCGCGAGGCUGGCAAGGCAGGGCCAGCUGGUGCAGCUUAUUUUGGUCUCGCAGUUGAGGCUUUGCCAGAUCCCCAUCGAUUGCGCCAAGACCCAAUCGAGUCCAUCGAAGUACUUUGUAUGUUGGCCUUGUUCAUGCAGGCGAUGGAUAUGAGACGGGCUGCUUACGAUCAUGCCGGACAAGCUCUGCGAAUCUGUCUGACCCAAGGGCUCAAUCGACGGUUCGACGCACAGCGCAUCACUAAGCACGAAUUCGAGCAUCGUACGAAACUCUGGUGGACAGUUUAUGUAAUAGAAAGGAAACUGUCGAGUCUCGUUGGAGUCCCACCUGCGUUGCAUGAUGAGGAUAUUGCGCUUUCCAUGCCAAGCAUCGACCCUUCUCAGAGACCCGGUCUCACGAUGGCCUUUCACAUUGAGAUAUCCUCGCAGUUAGGCCAAAUACUAAAUGUGGUUUAUGGUCUCGGGCAUCAACGUCAACUUGGCGCGAAGUUUAUCUCUGCGGUUCAAUCUAUUUUGAGGCGUCUUGCUGACACUUCGAUCAUGCUUAAUACCGAUAUGCGAAUCGAGCUCCAGCAACCACCGAAUACGCUUUCCAGGAUGGCAGCAAGUUUGCACCUCCUUCAACAUCAGUGUACCAUUCUUACCAUCCGCCCCGUUCUUUUUUUCCUCUUGGAAACAAAGCUUGCUAGUAGACGUACACCUCUAAAGCUUUCAGAUGCCGUCAUUGGUCUACUCAGAGUAUGCGUUGAAUCGGCCUUACAAGUUUUGAAGACGGUGGAGGGGUUGCGAGCCCAUAAUCUUGUCGAUUUAUUUCUCCCAUUCGAUCUCGAAUCUAUGUUUGCCAGCGCGUUUGUACUGAUACUCGUCGAUAUAAUAACACCCGCAGCCACCGAACAGUGGGAUCUCCGCAAGACAUUCAACCUCAUGGAUGAGAUGACUAUGCGAGGGAUAAUCAUUGCUGGCCCAUACAAGAAAGAUCUUCAGGAACUAGAUGAACUUCGGCAGAAAGUUAGGUCAUAUCACGAAGCUGAGGCUGAGACUCUAUCAGAGCCAAAUCCGGUCAAUGGGCAAGCAUCAGUGCCAAGCCCUGUUCUGGAGGUUGGAGAGGACAUGAUCUGGUCUUGGAUGAACACGGAAGAAACCCAUUUAGGUGUCUUGCAUCCAGACACAAUACAAUCUGCCAUCGACGGAUUGAAUUUUGAUUUCUUGGAUGACCCAUCAGGACUCGAUCUCGGAGGGAGUGAGUGGAUGUGGAAUGGUGGUCUCCCAGCAAACUCGAUUACGCCGGACCUCAAUUAA